UGAAGGGGACACCAGGAGCGCCGGGAUGCAGAGCAUCAAGUGCGUGGUGGUGGGUGACGGGGCGGUGGGCAAGACCUGCCUGCUCAUCUGCUACACCACCAACGCCUUCCCCAAGGAGUACAUCCCCACCGUGUUCGACAACUACAGCGCCCAGAACACGGUGGACGGCAGGACUAUUAACUUAAACCUGUGGGACACGGCCGGCCAGGAGGAGUACGACCGCCUGCGGACGCUUUCCUACCCCCAGACCAACGUCUUCAUCAUCUGCUUCUCCAUCGCCAGCCCGCCCUCCUACGAGAACGUCAAGCACAAGUGGUACCCCGAGGUGUGCCACCACUGCCCCAGCGUGCCCAUCCUCCUCGUCGGCACCAAGAAGGAUCUGAGGAACAACCCCGAGACCAUGAAGCGGCUCAAGGAGCAGAACCAGGCGCCCAUCACCACCCAGCAGGGCAUCAGCCUCUCCAAGCAGAUCCACGCCGUCAAGUACCUGGAGUGCUCGGCGCUCAACCAGGAGGGCAUCAAGGAUGUGUUCACCGAGGCCGUGAGGGCCGUGCUCAACCCUGUCCCGGCCAAGCCCAAGAAGCCCUGUGUGCUCUUGUGACGGGGCUGCCCAGAGACGAUCCUGCCCCUGCCCCGCCGCCCCCCACACCCCUCCUGCCCCCCACCCGCCCCAGCGCCUCCCCGAGCCUCGGGGGGACCGGGGCCGCCAGCCCGAAGCCUCCAGCUUUAAUAAUACAGACCUUGUUUGCACUAACUGUGCGCCCGCCCCGGCCGUCAGCGCUCUCUCGGCGACGCCUCUGCGGCCCCGGCACAGCAACGCUUCCUGAGAAGGGGACGGGCCAACCCCGCUCCAGCCCUGAGCACCCCGCAGGGACCUGCCACCCCCAGUCCUCCACGGGGACCUGCCGCCUCCGCCCUCUGCACCCGCUGGGGCACAGGGGGUCCCCAGCCCCUCUGCGCCAGCCCUGGCACUCGCCCAGCCCGGAGCAUCUCGCUGGCGCUGCCCCGUCCUGCCCCGGGAUCCCGGUGGCAGAACCGGGAGCUCCUGGGGGGUGUCUGGGGUGAGCCCCACACCGGGGACCUCCAGCCCCGCUGAGAGCAGAGCCAGUGUGGCCAGAAUGGAGAGCUCCUGCCCUGGCUGGUGCUGGAGCUCCGCAGGGCAGCAGGACUCGCCUGUAACCAGCUGCCCCCAGAGUUGCUUCUCCUUAAAUAAAAUCCU